AUGCGGGAUAUAGUUAUGGACGCCCCGGAUACGCCCAAACUUUUUGCUUUUAUUAAGACACAUAAACAAGGCCACAAAUUGAGACCUAUAGUUGAUAAGGCCACAGCACCCACGUGCAAAUUAGAAGCAUUCUUGCACGAUUUCAUCUCUCCAAAGUUACAAGAUUACCGAUACUCCAUCUCCAAUCCGGCGGAGUUAAUAGUAUUCCUGAAAAACACCGAAAAGCCCGCGUACAUCUCGGUCAUGGAUUUCCGUUCUUUAUAUCCAUCAAUUGAAUUACCACCAUGUUUUUGCGCACUCCGAGAUUUUCUAUUACAAAACGUCUAUGCUCAGGAAUUACACCAGCUGAUUCUUGAAGUAGCACAUUUGAUUUGCUACAACUCAAUUUUUCAAUUUGGAGGAAACACGUAUGCGCAGGGCAGAGGCAUACCUAUGGGAAGUGCCUUCUCAGACGACCUGUGUGAACUGGUAAUCAGACAGCUGGAUAAUAAAAUAAUUCCGAGAUUCAGCCACGACAUCAUAUUGUACAAGCAAUACAUAGACAACAUCAUUAUUUUAUGGAGGCACAAACCUAGCAUUACCCUCUUUGUGAAUAUGAUGAACAACAAUCCGUAUGGCCUUACCAUAGAUCUUGAGCAACAUAGUGAAUCCGAGAUUUUUAAAUAUCGAAAGAGCAAAGGGCACUAUUGA